UCUAAUUAGAUUCCUAUAAAAAAAAAUCUAAAGGGUGAGUACGGUGUUCCGAAUACUUUAGGGGUCUUAUUGCACGAACGGCAAAAGUUUAGGUGGGGAAAAGUCAAAAAAAUCAAAGUUGAUCUCGCAAUUUGAGUAUUCUUCUGCAGCCUUGGAAGGGGAAGGUGGAGAAAUGGCGGUGAGAGAGAAAGCAAUGGCGACGCUGCCGACGUUGAUGCGAGCUAUGAGGAAGAGAGCCUCAAAUCAUAUGCCUUCGAAUCAACCGUUGCCUUCACUGAGACGAGCAUUCUCGCUAUACGAUCAAAUCAAUCUUAUCAAUAACGUUCCUGAAGAUCAAAUACGCUUCCAACAGGUUACUGACACCGGUUUCAGAGUUAAAGGGGUAGAUUAUGAAGGUAGCUUGCUUUGUGUUGGGAACUUGCUAAUGUCUUGGCAUCCCAAAAAACUUUCGGAGGUUACUUCAGAAAGCUUAUCUAUCUUCCAGACAGUGAGACCAGUUCCAGAGAUUCUUCUUCUUGGUUGUGGGAAGUACAUUCAUCCGGUAAAUGCUGAGCUUCGUGCCUUUAUUCGUUCCACUGGAAUGAAAUUGGAAGCAAUUGAUUCUAGAAAUGCUGCAUCAACUUAUAAUAUUCUGAAUGAAGAAGGCAGGAUUGUGGCUGCUGCCCUUCUCCCAUAUGGAGUAGAAUCAUAAGCCUCUUAUGUAUAUGCUUUUUGCUUUGACAGGUCAAGAUCUGAUUAAUCAUCCGAGCCAAUCACUUUACUUUUACUGGAAAUCAAAAUGAAAGAAAACACCCUGCCAAUCACUUUGUCGCGCGUGUGACGUGACUAUGCUCAAGAUUAGAUAAAAUUGAGAUAAGAACAUUCAUUAUAUGUUAAUGGUAUGUUAGGAGCUUCUGGGUAUUCAUAAUGCUGUGCUUUAGGAGAUUUUGUAAUUCUAAUAAUAUAAAUGCAGGAAAGAGAACUGUUUUUUCAUCGUUGUAGAAGCUUGAGGUUUAUCUGUUGUGCAAGAAGAAUCUAUAUUUAUCAGAUUCAGGCAGGUUCAGUGAA